CCGUUGCCAAACAAGAAGCCACGUUGACGAACUGGACUGACUGCUGUUUACCGUAGAAAAGAAGAGGAAUAUCUAUCUAUCUAAACGAGUGUUUUCACGCCUCCGAUAGACAUUGGUUAGAUAUGUCUUCGCCGCCGAAGGAAAAAAUCGAGACCAAAGGAGGACACCUCCCGGCUGUGAAGGCAGGGGGGAUGAGGAUAGUGCAGAAGCACCAGGGAGCGGCUCCACCUGAGACCCCUCCAAUCAAAGACGAGGACGAGGACUUUGUGGAGGAGCCCAGCCCACCAAAGCCCACCGUGGUCGUUUCGGGAGUGGUUACAAAGGGUGAUAAGGACUUCACCCCGGCUGCAGCCCAGGUAGCUCACCAGAAGCCCCAGCCGUCUAUCACCAAGAUGCCACAGAACCAGCACCUCACUCAGCACAUCCAUCAGCCCCGCAAGUGAGGCUACCGCCAAGCUUACCCUCCCUCCACUAACUCUGCUACCACUGGCCCUGCAAGUAAUCACCCCAAACACAGAUCUACGAUCAGUUUUGUGUUUAGUCCCGCCAACGCUUAAGUAAAGAUUUGAGGAAGGGAAGUUGAUCCUAGAUCUGUGCCUAAGGGAAAGCCAACGCAAUGUCCUCAAUGGACCACAGCAGCCUACCGACCAACCAAUCACAAGCCAGAGAUGAGCUCAAGCUCCCGCCUUCCCGCCACAAUUGUCCUCACAGACCAAAGUAGCCAGAAAGCAGCUUCUUAAGCCUGCAACCCACCAAUUAUGUGCCAGAAAGCAAACUGAAGGAAACCGUGUGGAACCAUAGAAACAGAAAUCAACUAAUCAAAGAACUACAUAACCCAAUCAAUCAAGCAUGCACCCAAUCACCAUAAGUGCUCAGGUUACCAGGGCAACCCCUGUUAAGCAUUCCAUAUGAUUUCAUCUCUUCCUCGUUCUGAGGUUCUUAGUUCAUAGAAGGUUGUCAUCAUAGAGAAUGACAGAGGCCUCUAGGGGCCAAAAGGCUGUAUUAACAUGGGCAGAGCCAUUGAGGGCUUCCACCAUUUUAAUGUAGUCAACUGGGUGGGACUUCCAACUUCAUUGGUUGAUCCCUCCUGGU